AAAGCAGAACGUUUAUUUUUUGAUAGAGUAUGCUAACGAAUAACAACAUUAUAUGUUUUAAUCUAAGAAAGGUUACAUUAGUGUUCACGAUCUUUAUGAUAGAUCAAACUUUGAAAAUUAGAUCUCUCUAUUCUUUAGUAAACGUAUUCCCAUUUCCGAGGUACAUCAAAGUCCUUACUACGUCUAUCUACUAAGCUCAAGAGAUUCAGAUUCGAUAAUUAACGUUAACAUUAUUACAUUGACAUUCUUAGGCUUAUUUUCAAUUAACUGUAUUAUUAAAUACUUUAAAACCUUCGAAUAUGCGUUUUAUUUGCACGCUUUGAGCUCCUGGGAAUAGGUUAGCUUCGGUCUCGUGAGAACCGAAGCUAACAUUGCUAAGCUAACGAGUAAACACAUUGCAGUUCAUCACCCAGAAGUGAACCACGGGCGACGUGGAAUGAUAAAUCUGGCUGUAGGAAUCAAGGAACAGAGAUGAAGAAGUGGAAAUGGCGACAAGAUCGUCGAAAGGGUUGGUACAGAGGAAAUCGACAGAGACCAUCCAGCGACGAACAGCAGGAGUAUAAUGAUGCUGGGCCGUCUCACAGAGCAUCUCAAAGGGAACAUGAUGACCAAUCUGCCUCAGCUUCUUCUUCCUCCUCUAAAUCCAAUAGCGGAGUACCAGAGCUGCCCGGUUUCUACUUUGACCCUGAGAAGAACCGUUACUUCCGUCUGCUUCCUGGACACAAUAACUGCAACCCACUGACCAGAGAACAGCUGCAGGAAAAGGAAAGGGAGAAGCAGAGACAUAAGAGACUGGCAGAAGAUGAGUGUGCAAAGGCCCCAAGAAGUGGAUUGAACACGUCCUUGUUGCUGCGCAAAAGGCAUCUUGGGCUGUUACCUGUGAACUCCUAUUGCAGGCUUGUCCAUGAGGUAAAAGUCAGCGGAAUGAAGCGCCACAAGCUACAGAUUCAGAGCACAGACAACAGCAACCCAAACACAGACAACUUCAGGAUCAUCGUGGGGGAUUCUGUGUGCGAGCGAGUGUUCACCGUCAACGACGUGUCUCACGGUGGCUGCAAGUACGGCAUUAUGAACUUCAGCAGUGGGAGCCGGGGCUCUUUGUCCGUGGAAAUGUGCGAUAAUCUGUACUUCACCAACCGCAAGGUGGUGAACUCCAUCUGCUGGGCCUCGGUCAACUACCCCGACUCUCAUGUUCUGUUGUGUCUGGUGGGAGCGGCUGACACCCCCGGCUGUGUUAGUUUACUCCCUGCGUCGCUCUUCAGCAACUCUAACCCAGAUCAACCAGGGAUGCUGUGUAGCUUCAAGAUAUCUACAGCUUGGUCCUGCGCUUGGUGCUUCAACCCACAGUUUGAUAAGACCUUCAGCACUGGCCUGACUCGUCGGGUCAUCGUCAAGGAUGCAGAGACGGGACGGACGCAGACGUACGGCGUCGGCACCGACGUCUUGGCACAGCAUUUUGCUCUCAGGGUUCCUGUCCUGUUCAACGGCUGCCGAUCGGGGGAGAUUUUCAGCAUAGACCUCCGGCAGCGUGGCCGCAGGGAUCACAGCUGGAAGGCCAGUCGCUUCCACCACGAGUCAGCCAUCACUUCCGUGCGAGUCCUGCAGGACGAGAACUAUCUGCUGGCGGCAGACAUGUUGGGUCAGAUCAAGAUGUGGGAUGUGCGAGUUAGGAAGCCUGUGCUGGAGUACAAAGGGCAUCACAACGAGCACGCCUACCUCCCCAUUCAUGUCAAUGAACAUGAAGGCCUUUUGUUGGCAGUGGGCCAAGACUGCUACACAAGGCUGUGGAGCCUGAAGGACGGUCACCUGUUGAGGACCAUCCCGUCGCCCCAUCCAGCGGCCAACGACAUGAUCCCGAGUGUCGUCUUCUCCUCGAAUUUGGGCGGCAGCACGGGGCUCCCCGGACUGCUCAUGGCCGUCAAGCAUGACCUGUACUACUUCCCAUACAACACCGACUACCAGGACGGAGGGGAGCCAUCGCUUUAAUUCAGACAAUGCCAUAAAAAUGGUUCCCUUAAAUAAAUGUCUUGAAGUUGUA